CUUACUCCCAAUCAGCGAAACUGCUAUAAAGAGCCGUCGUCAGUCUCGUACUGGGAAGCUUUCGUGGCUGACGCUGACGCGUACGACUAGCCCUUGACCACGUAGCAGCCAUGGCAUUCACGUACUGGAUCGCUAUGUGGUUUGGCUUGUGGGGCAGCCUGAUGUUGCCCCUCAGGCUAGCUAGUGCAGCUCCGCAUGCACGCUCUCAGACGUCGCUCGUCGCUGAUCUGGACCCAUACCCCACCAAGCCACGCAUCGCAUUUCGCCCGGAUGGCACGUUCAAGAUCACUGUCUUCUGCGACCUGCACUACGGCGAGAACCCAUGGGACGCCUGGGGCCCGCAACAGGACAUCAACAGCACGGAGUUGAUGAACAUCGUCUUGGCCGACGAAAAACCGGACUAUGUGGUGUUGAACGGGGACCUGAUCACUGGCGAGAACACCUUCCGACAGAACUCGACGCAUCUCAUAGACGAGAUCGUCGCUCCUCUGAAUACAGCGCAGAUACCCUUCUCGUCUACGCAAGGCAAUCACGACAACGAACCAAACAUUACGCACCUCGAGGAGAUCAAGCGCGAGCAGCUGGUCGCGCCGCUCAGCUACACGCGAACCGCGCCGCCUGGCAUCGGCGGCGAGCAAGGACCCGGAACGUACUGGGUACCUGUGUACGAGCAUAUUUCUGACGCUACCCCGAAGCUCGUCUUGUGGUUCUUCGAUUCACGGGGUGGCUUUAGCAAGGGAGAAAACUCAACUGCGGUGCCCGACUGGGUCGACGAGACCGUCGCAGGUUGGAUUCAGUCGGAAGCGGAGGCGAUGGACGCGGCAUGGGGUCCCGCUAGCACCUCUCGGGGUGCUCUCGCAUUCGUCCACAUCCCUCCGCACGCUAUCCAGGCCCUCCAACCCGACCUGAAUAGCACCCGCGAUCCCGGACUCAACGCUGACGUCCUGGGUUCCGGCUCCACCGAGGCGACGACCGAGUCCGCCAACCUCGGCAAAGACCAGCCGUUCUGGGACGCGCUCAACCAAUACGUGCCCAACCUACACGCAGUCUUCUCUGGCCACGAUCACGGCAAUGAGUGGUGCGUCCGCGAGCCGACAAAGAACGUCAUAUUUUGCUUCGGCAAGCACUCCGGCUACGGCGGGUACAGCGACUCCUGGUGGGGCCACGGCGUGCGCAACAUCAUCUUCUCGUCGCCUGACCCGACGGGCCCUCUGCAGUCGUGGAUCCGCUACGAAAACGGGACAAUCAAUGCGAACGUCACGUUGGACGCGUCCUACAAUUGAUGUGUGCAUGUAGUACUUACCUGGCUUGGAGUGCACUCGCCUCCGCGCCUCCGAGACGUAUGUCAGUGCUAAGAAUGAUCCAUGCUCAAGUAGAGAGAAGAGCCUCGUACCGUACCGUAACCCACGUAAUCAGUCGCUCGUUUACAGUGCCCCGCGCGCAAUACGAUCCUUGGUCUUCCACCUUCAUGCCCGCAGUGUCGCGGCCGUUUCCGUUGUUCAAGGACGGACUACAGUCGUAUGGUACAACUUGUACAACGAAUCCGAUGGCACGCGGGAUUUGAAUCUGAACUUGAUCGGCAAUCUUCCGUUCCUAG